AAACAACGUCGGGACGGACUGGACCCGAAACUCCGUCCGACCGGCCAGUUCAGGGAACUUUUCCGCAUCCACCGCCACAACCAACAAAUCAGUCGCAAAUUUUACCAAAACGGCCUCGUAAGGCUGACGGAGCAAAGAGUCAAACUCGGCAGCCUGGUUUAAUACUUGCAACAUAA